AUGUUUAUGUUUCAAAUGAAACAGCGAAACGAUAUUCCCUCUCACGGUAAUUUAGUUAUAACCGCGAGAAUUGAAAUCACAUGGUUGCGCGAGAUGAAGCCAGAGAACCUUUUGCUAUUGCGCCACCGCAGCGAGAAGUGCACCGUGGGUUGUCCCGUACUGGAUCGCUGCCUCGGCGGCGGCGUCCCCUGCCACUCUAUCACGGAGUUCGUCGGCGAGAGCGGCUCCGGCAAGACGCAGCUCUGCCUCCAACUCGCCCUCUCCGCCCAACUACCCUCUUCCCGCGGCGGCCUCUCCGCCUCCUCCAUCUUUAUCCACACUGAGUUCCCUUUCCCCUUCCGCCGUCUCCGUCAUCUCUCACGCGCCUUCCGCGCGUCGCACCCCGACCUCCCCGACCCCUGCGACCGCGUUUUCGUACGCGCCGUCCACACUGCUGACGAGCUUCUCCACUUAAUUCCAACCAUCGAGACGUUCCUCUUGCACUCUCGAUCUCGGUGGCGGCCAGUGCGAAUCAUCGUCAUCGAUUCCAUCGCGGCUCUGUUCCGCUCCGAUUUCGAGAACACGGGAUCAGACCUCCGACGCAGGUCUUCGCUGUUCUUCGGAAUCUCAGGCGGAUUGCGGCAGUUGGCAAAGAGGUUCGGGCUGGCGGUGGUGGUGACGAAUCAGGUCGUGGAUUUUAUCGGAGAUGGUGAUGUAAGGGUUGGGAAUUUGAGUAAUGGGCUAUAUUCGUCGGGCCGACGGGUUUGCCCUGCGUUGGGCCUGGCUUGGGCCCAUUGUGUUAACUCGAGGGUAUUUUUAUCGCGUGAUGAGGAUGGGCCUGUGAGAAGGAGGAAAAUGAGUGUUGUGUUCGCUCCCCAUUUGCCGCAUUGUUGUUACGAGUAUGCUAUUAAAGGAGAAGGCGUUUUUGGCGUCGACAUGCAGCGGGAACAAGAUUAA